AGUCCGGCCUAUAAAUAAGAGCUCUGCUGGCGCUAGGGCUUUUGUCAGUCGGCGCUCUCAAGCCGGUCGGCAGCGGCGGCUCCUCCAGCCCGGCUCCUCCUCGGGCGGCGCGUCCACUCCGGCUCCGGCAGCCCGCGAGCUCAGCGGGGCCCGUCUCUGAGGAGGAGGCACGGGACUCGGGGACCGACCGGCUGCCGGGCGACGCGCUGAACCAUGACGGGCGCUGCCUGAGUUUCAAUGCAACAUCAUACAACUGCUGCACAGAGAACAGAAAACUUGCCUUAAUCUGUCAAGACUUUGCUUUUCUGAAGCACAUCUUUGGGUGCACAGUUGAAAGAAUUUGAACAAAGCUGAUAUUUCUUAGUUGUCCAUUUUGUUGCAUUUACACUCUUAGAAACGAUGCUCAGCUUCAGCAAUGAGGAGUUUGACUUCACCUUCCUUGAUGAAGGCUUUACUGCCAAGGAUAUUCUAGACCAAAAAAUAAAUGAAGUUUCUUCCUCUGAUGAUAAAGAUGCUUUCUAUGUUGCUGACCUUGGGGAUGUCCUAAAGAAGCAUUUCCGAUGGUACAAAGCACUCCCUCGAGUAACACCCUUUUAUGCUGUCAAAUGUAAUGACAGUAAAGCUAUAGUGAAGACACUUGCUGCUCUUGGUGCAGGGUUUGAUUGUGCUAGUAAGACUGAAAUCCAGUUGGUACAGAACAUUGGUGUACCUCCAGAACGAAUAAUAUAUGCAAAUCCUUGUAAACAAAUCUCUCAGAUUAAACAUGCUGCAAACAGUGGUGUGCAGAUGAUGACUUUUGAUAGUGAAGUAGAGCUAAUGAAAGUUGCAAGAGCUCAUCCAAAGGCAAAGCUAGUCUUGCGCAUUGCAACUGAUGACUCCAAAGCAGUUUGUCGCCUGAGUGUUAAAUUUGGAGCUACCCUGAAAACUAGCAGACUUCUUUUGGAGCGGGCAAAAGAACUUGACCUUGAUGUUAUUGGAGUCAGUUUCCAUGUUGGAAGUGGCUGUACUGACCCAGAGACCUUUGUUCAAGCUAUUUCUGAUGCCCGUUGUGUCUUUGAUAUGGGAACAGAACUUGGUUUCAGUAUGCAUCUGCUUGAUAUUGGUGGUGGCUUCCCUGGCUCUGAAGAGGUCAAGCUUAAAUUUGAAGAGAUCACAAAUGUAAUCAAUCCAGCAUUGGACAAAUGUUUUCCUUGUGAUUCUGGAAUAAGAAUUAUUGCGGAGCCUGGCAGAUACUACGUUGCAUCAGCUUUCACACUUGCCGUUAACAUAAUUGCAAAAAAAGUUGUAUUAAAGGAGCAGUCAGGUUCUGAUGAUGAAGAUGAUACUAAUGGCAAAACUCUUAUGUACUAUGUAAAUGAUGGAGUGUAUGGAUCAUUCAAUUGCAUCCUAUAUGAUCAUGCACAUGUUAAGCCAGUCUUGCAAAAGAGACCUAAACCAGAUGAGGGCUGUUAUUCCUGUAGCAUAUGGGGACCAACAUGUGAUGGCCUGGAUCGUAUUGUAGAGCGCUUUGAUAUGCCAGAGCUGCAAGUUGGUGAUUGGAUGCUAUUUGAAAAUAUGGGUGCCUAUACAGUUGCAGCUGCUUCCACUUUCAAUGGAUUCCAGAGGCCAGCAAUAAAUUAUGUGAUGUCAAGGCCAGCAUGAGCUAGUUGUCUCAUCAUAGAAGGCAAUCAGGUUGGUCAGGCAUGACUUGCCCUUGGUGAUGCCAUGUUGACUGUUCCUGAUCACCAUCCUCUCCUCCAAGUGCUUCAAAAUGGAUUCCUUGAGGACCUGCUCCAUGACCAUACAAGUCCAUCUCUAAUGACAUUGAAGAUGGAAUCACAGGACUACAGUGCAGUAGUAAAUUGACACACUUCUCCAAACAUAUGUUUGUUUCACAGGGGACACCACCUCCCACUCAUGAAUGGGUAACACUGUUACAGGAAAGUAAAAUAUAUACAUCUGUAACCCCUUUGGGGUGUAGAGAGCAUGGCCCCUUUAAAUCUUUUUCCUAGGGAGCAGUGAGAGAAAGGAGGGAAACUCUGGGGUGGGGUCUGGAGCUCUGGGGAGAGAUGGGCUGCAGCCCGGAGGCCCUGGACAAAGUGAAGCAGCAGAGAACCUGCCUGAAGCCUGGAAAGGACAGGUCGGCCAAUCGGGGACACCCCAGGACAGGAGCCAGGAGGAGCAGUGUGCCAGGGAGGAAUUGCCUGAGAAGGACAGGCCAGAACUGAACCCAGUAUCACUGCUGCCCAGAGCUGCAUGGGACUGUAAGUACUGGGGCUUGUGACUCUGCGCUGGGAAUAAGGAGGGAGGAUGCAAGCUAGUUAAGUGGGGAGGUGGUCGCUUUGUGUGGCUUUGCAGAGAGCGGCAGAAGAGGGUACUGGAGGGGUUUGUUGGGGGAAAGUUCACUGGCACUGAAGACAACCAGGAGCACCCAAGACUCAUCACUGGACUGGAACUUUGCUCAGGACUCUUGAACUCUGUGUGCAGACACAUAGCUCAGUGUCCGACCUUUCAGACUGUGCUACCACUGGGCCUGUGGGGCCUUGGUAUGGAUGCAACCCUGUUCUACUGCUCCCCCUGUACUUCCCCUUGUUGUUUUUCUCCUCUCAUCCCUCUGUAAAUAAAUAUCUCCCUUUGUUA